AUGUCUCUAGCAGUCGGCGAGGCCGCUCUUGUUACAAAAAGAUUCGAAUCUUGGUUCUGGUACGGCGAAGACCUCAACACAAUUCUGCACCAAAACUGCUCAGUUGAAUACUCAAACUGGGUGAACAGAUACGACAGCCGAUGGUAUACACAGUGGCCGAAAUACGUCAACGCGAAGGAGACCGGCAUCUGGGUCUAUGCAAACCCUCUCACUGAUUGCCUUCUUACACACAUCUCAGACUUAGGAAAGGCAGAUAUGGCCAGCGCUGCAAUUAUUCUUGGUCUCGUGCCGACAAUCAUUGUCAUUUCAGGUUCUACACUUUCUGAAACAGCGCUUCUAGCCCUGCGAAGGCCUCUGCUAGCCUUCGUGCUGGCUAUCGGCUCCCCUUCUGUUCCUCCUCUUCGAACUUUCCAAUACGAGGAUGUGCCAAAGAUGCUUGAACAGCGGAAAGGUCAACUCGCCAGGCAGGUCGGGGCUAGCGGUCGCAUGUCGUGGAAGUAUGUGGUCCUUGGAGCGCAGAUCUUGAUUGCCCUUGGGGCCGUUCUUAAUGUCCUCCUCACUACCUUUGAGCUCGGCAUGAAGACGAUCCUCUCUUUUGGCAUGGAUGCAUGGUUCCUGCCUCUUAUAUGGGUUUUGUCCUCUGUCGCACCACACCUCUGUGGCGUUAUGGCUCUUCGAAGCGAUGUGACGAUUCUGUCGCCUCCUUCUAGUAGAGGGAAGCCGCCUAAAGAGCGUUUCUGUCUAUGGUUACAGGACGAAUUCGAACUUUGUGCCUACCAUAAGAAACCUACUGUUCUAAAGUAUAAGCCUGAAUCAGUUUUAUUCUAA